UUGAAACGUGAUUGUGGAAAUGCUCCGAAACAAGUGCGUAUUUUCACAUACCUUCGCUUUUUUAAACUUUUGAAAACAAGGUGGAACAAACAACGGUCUAAGUUUUCUGCAGCUGCCGAGUUUUUGAGCUCGUAGAACUGCAAACAACGUUAUUUUACACAAAUCUUGCCCCUCGUUUAUUUCUUCGAUGCUUCGCUCUCAGCCUGCGCAAAGUGAGGUUUGUUGAGAUUAGAGCAUGCCAGAUGAUAAAAACUCUAAACCACCGCCUCAACCACAAAAGAAGAAAAAGAAGAAAAAUAAUAAAAAGAAGUCAAAAUCAGAUUCCAGUACUUCACCAAAAGAUGCAGACAAACCCCUGCCUGCCCCUGCAUCCUCUGUCCCACCAGUGUUAUCCACUAUUGGCCCACCUAGACCCCCUCUGCCCAAACUGAAAUCUACCCCCAAAAAAGACUCAGAGAGGGGAAGCCGAAAGAGCAAGAAGUCCCCCAUGUCCCUGUUCAGUCUAGUGUGUAAGUCUGGGGGAUCUCCAGUUCAGAGCUUCCUGUCCCAGCUAAGUGUCCCAGCACGCGAAAGCGUCCGCUGGGAGGGCAAGGUGGACGACCCCCUGAUGGAGGAGCAGCGCCUGGAGGUGUACCGGGCCAACCGAAGACAGCGUUACCUCACACACAGAGAGAUGGAGCAGAGGGAAACCAAGCAUGAGAAAUAA